ACUAAGGUAAUACUAGAAAAAUCAAUAUCAAGUUGUACCCUAGUUUGUAACCACUUCCUCGAUCACACAUUUCUUAUCGAUUCUAAAAAUGUGUGAGAGAGGGAAAUUAGUAUCUAAGUUGAGGAAUACUUUCUAGUGUAGCAUUUUUGUUUGGGGCAAUAUUUUGAUCUUUCUUUGGGUACAAAAUUGACUUGGGUUUGUUUUCAAAACCUGGUCAACGAUUUCUUUCCAGAUUCCAAUUACGUUCCCCUUCAUCUCUCUUCUUCGUCCAUCACCCCGGCGCCGCCAAGAAUCCCCUGUUCUCGUCUCAUGUUCUGCUCGGCAGUAUGUCGGUCUUUCAUCAAUCCACACCGGGUGCAAGCUCACCUUUUCUCCGGACAAUCUUUUCUUUCAUUCUUAGCUUAUCUUCCCUCACCCCAUCGGCAGAUUGCCGCUGCAGCGACGGCUGCGACCUAGCUCUGGCCUCAUACUACGUUUGGCGCGGCACAGAUCUCACCAAGAUUUCAUCCCUCUUCGAAACCUCUCGCUCGGAAAUCAUUUCAUACAGCCCCCGCGAAAGUGUUCCGAACCAAGAUAGCGUUAUCGCCGAUACCCGGAUCAACGUUCCCUUCCGAUGCGACUGCCUGGAAAACGGCGAGUUUCUGGGUCAUGUCUUUUCCUACCCCGUGAAAUCCGGGGACACGUACGACAUAGUGGCGAAGACGGAGUACUCCAAUUUGACGACUGUUGACUGGUUGAAGAGGUUUAACAGUUACCCGGAGAACAACAUUCCGGACACCGGGGCGAGGUUGAACGUGACGGUGAAUUGCUCCUGUGGGAACAAGGAUGUCUCCCAGGAUUAUUCUUUGUUCAUCACUUAUCCCAUGAGGCCGGGAGAGAGUUUGGCGUCCGUGGCAAACGUGGCUAAUGUCAGUCAAGAUUUGGUCAGUAGGUAUAAUCCGGGAGUGAAUUUCAAUGGGAGUGGUCUGGUAUAUGUUCCUGGAAGAGAUAAAAAUGGGGACUUUCCACCAUUUCCAAAAAGCACAGGGCAAUCUGCUGCAGUUAAAGCUGUGAUAUCUGUUGCAGCAGUAGGAGGAGUAUUUCUAUUGGCAGGUUGCAUUUAUGUAGUAUUUUACAGAAAGAAGGGAGAGAAGAUUUCAUUGCUUUCACUAUCCGAAAGUCGAUCCCAUAUAACCGGGUUAGAAGCCAGUGCACUUAAGGAUACAGACCCUGGAGCUUCUCCGGUCUUUUCAGGCAUAACUGUGGAAAAAUCUGUCGAGUUCUCAUAUGAAGAGCUUGCAAAAGCAACUAAUGACUUCAGCCUUGCAAAUAAGAUUGGUGAAGGUGGCUUUGGUGCUGUUUACUAUGCCGAGCUUAGAGGAGAGAAAACAGCUAUUAAGAAAAUGGAUAUGCAAGCAUCAAAGGAGUUUCUCGCUGAACUGAAGGUCUUGACAAAUGUUCAUCACCUCAAUCUGGUGCGCUUGGUAGGGUACUGUGUUGAAGGUUCUCUCUUCCUUGUGUAUGAAUAUAUAGAUAAUGGGAACUUAAGCGAACAUCUGCGCGGUACAGGUAGGGACCCACUAACCUGGUCAAGUAGGGUGCAAAUAGCACUGGACUCGGCUAGGGGUCUUGAAUAUAUACAUGAGCACACGGUUCCCGUGUACAUCCAUCGCGACAUCAAAUCAGCAAAUAUCUUAAUAGACAAAAACUUCCAUGCAAAGGUUGCUGAUUUUGGUUUGACGAAACUGGCUGAAGUUGGAGGUUCAUCUUUGUCAACACGCCUUGUUGGCACUUUCGGAUACAUACCCCCAGAAGCUCAGUAUGGAAACGUUUCGCCUAAAGUUGAUGUCUAUGCUUUUGGAGUGGUGCUUUAUGAGUUAAUUUCUGCCAAGGAAGCUAUAGUGAGGGCAAAUGGUUCUGUUGCCGACUCAAAGGGCUUAGUUUCCUUGUUUGAAGAAGUUCUAAAUCGAGCAGAACCCAAUGAAGGCCUUGGCACCCUGAUUGACCCUAGACUUGGAGACGCCUACCCAUUGGACUCAGCCCGCAAGUUGGCACAGCUUGCCAAAGCUUGCACCCACGAAGACCCUGAAAUGCGACCUAGUAUGAGAUCAGUUGUUGUUGCUCUGAUGACACUUUCGUCCUCCACGGACGACUGGGAUGUUGGAACCUUUUAUGGCAAUCAAGGCUUAAUAAAUCUCAUGUCCGGAAGGUAGUAAGAUCAGCAUUUCAUCAGUUCAGAAAGUUCACACUUUGCAUUUUUUAUCACCCCAUUCUUGAUUGUACAUUUGUACAUAGUACUCCGAAAUAAUCUGUAAUAGUUUGAUGAGUGUAAUACAUAACUGCUCUGCCACAUAAAUCGCAAGGGGCUAUCGGCUCUCCUACAGCCACACAAACUCGUGCUCCUGAUGAGUCCUCCCUCCAUUACCUUUUGAAAUCUCUUAUGAGAUUAACCACCUGUAAUAUAGUUAACCCACACAG